AUGGCUAUACAAUCACGUCCAAUAUUACCUUAUCAAUGUAAUCAAGUAAUUCAUCCAUGGAAUGAGAGUUGUAUUGGAGCGACAUGGUCUCUUGCAAAACCAUCUUUUACAGAGUCAUUUAAAAUUUAUUGUGUUCUAUAUGCAGUUACAGGACUUAUAAAAUUAAGAAAAAUUAAAACCUUAAAACAAUUACGUGAACUUCUAACUGGUUUAGUUACUGAAAUAAUGCAAUCAACGAUUUUUCUUGGUAUACAAGGAUUAUUUUUUCUACCAACUUGUUGUUGUGGAAGAAAAAUAUUUGGUCAUAUAAGUUAUUAUAAACUGUAUUUUCAAAUUAUACUUUGUACUCUUCCCGGAAUUUUGAUCGAACGUAAACAACGACGAGGUGCUUUGGCUCUUUACAUGGCUAAUUUAGCAGUUGAAGUUUUAUUUAAAAUGGCUGUAUAUCGAAAUGUAUUGACACCACUUCAUAAUGGAGAAAUACUUAUUUUUGCUAUAGCUUCAUCGAUUUAUACAUUUAUUCUCAAAACAACAUCAGAUCAUAAACAUAAUAGUUUAUUAUUUUCUAUUAUCAAGUCAUUGAUUGGUAAAGAAGAAUGUGCACCGUCCUUAUCAAUAGAAUUAAUCCCGAAAUCAAAAGAAAAAUCAGCAUAUUUUACAUUAUUUUAUAAAUAUAUAAAAAUUAUUAAACGUUGGCAUUUAAUUCAAAAUAAAAAUCAUCCAAUAUGUAAUCAUAAAUAUCGUUGUCUUAUUCAUAUUCUUCUGGGUUUUAUCAAACGUUUUCUAGCUGGUGUAUUAAUACAAAUGAUUUUACAUUUUACAACUUCUCCUAUUCGAUUUUUACAACAUCCAAUAUUAUUUUUUUCGACAUUAUAUAAAAAAGGAUUUAGUUUGGGAAAAUUUCUUGGUUUUUAUUCAGCUAUUUAUCGAUUAACUAGUUGUUUAUUACGCAAUAUUUUAAAAUAUGAUCGACCUGAACAUGGUCUUAUAGCUGGUUAUUUAGCUGGAUUUUCUAUGAUAUUUUAUAAAAGUUCAACAUUAGCUAUGUAUAUCAUGGGAAAAUUACUUGAAAGUAUCUAUUUCAAAUGUGCUCAUGAUGGAAAAGUACCAAUAAUUCCAUAUUUUGAUUCGAUUUUAUAUGCUUUAUCAACAGCACUUGUUCUUCAUGCAGCUGUUGUUGAACCACAAGCAAUGCGUCCGGCUUAUUAUAGAUUUCUUGAACGUUUAACGGGUGGAUAUUUUUCACAAGUUAAUCGACCAUUGAUGGAUUGUUAUGGAGUUAGUUCAUCGAAACUUUUUCCAAAUUAUAAAUUACCAUCGAUUAAUAAAUGA